CCCAUCCAUCCUCAUCUCGCCUCCAUCUCAUCGCCAUCGCACUCGACCGUCGACUCGUACUCGACUCGACUCGACAUCAAUACUUUUCCACCCACUCCCAUCUCAUCCUCCACGACGCCCGCGCGGCCGGUCACCCCAUCCCGCACGAUAGAUGGCACGAAAUCCUAUCGCCCACCAUGCCCUCUGUUCCUAAUACGCUCCCCCUGCCAUACGCGCACGCGCAGGUGCCCGCGCCGCGCCGCGAGCCGCGCCAGCCCAUGCGCACAUCGAAGCUUAAUACGAAACUUAAAGUCCUGCCCACGCAGCCAGAUACCAUCCCGGAGGAGGACGACGAGGAUAAGGAGGCAAAUGAGGGUGACGAGGAGCAGCGCGGCGUCAAGUUCUUCACUCCGCUAUACCAGAUUCCGGCGGGUUCGGCCCGCCGCGACGCGUUGAACCUUACGCGGUCAGAGAAGGCCAAGCUGCCCCGUGUGACGGCGUACUGCACUGCAGCCUCAUACGACUUGGCCGGUCUGCAGACGUACCUCGCAAACCGUCCACCGAGCUAUCGCACCCACCCGCGCCUGUUCGAGGCCGAGUGCCUGUACACGCAGUAUCUACCGCCUGCGUCGGGCUCGGCCCCCGCCCCCGCCCACCGCAGCCCAGUCAUCAAGCCGCUGCAGCCGCUGACGACUGUGCCUGAGGGCAACCUGUUGGAUCUUGACGAGGACCAGUGGCGCGCAACGCCCCCGGCGCGUGCGCCGAAGCGGCAGACGGGCUUCGCGAAGCGGCCAGGCGGGAAUACGCGCCGGGAUCGCGAGCGCGCGCUCGACCGCGACCGCGACGACGCCGAGCCGGAUACGGACGACGAAGACUGGGAAGAGGAGGACUGGGUGCCGGACGUGUUCUUGUUCGAGUACGGCACCGUGGUUAUCUGGGGCAUGACGGAGAAGGAGGAGAAGCAGUUCCUACGCAGCAUCAAGAAGUAUGAAAUCGAGCGUCUCAGCGCCGAAGACAUAGAGAUGGAGGACCUCAACUUCUACUAUGCUGACUACUCCCGCAUCUUCAACGACGUUAUUACGUUGCGCAAGGGCUCGUCGUACAUGACCAAGCUUGCGUUGUCGCACGCGCUGGCGCAGUCGGUCAAGAUUUCGCUCUUUGAGGAACUGAUCUCGGCGACUAUCGAGCAGACGAAGGACAUUCCGCAGAAGCUCAGCGAGACCGGCAAGAUUGGUCUUCCGCGCAGCGAGAUUAUGAAGCAGAUCGGCAAUCUGUUCAUUCUGCGCAUUAACAUCAAUCUCGUUGGCUCGGUCCUGGACUCGCCGGAAUUCUUCUGGACAUUCCCCGACCUCGAGCCGCUGUACAAUGCGUGUCGCCAGUAUCUGGAAAUUGGCCAGCGCAUCGACCUGCUCAAUGCGCGCGUCGAUGUUCUGCACGACAUGCUGAACCUGCUCAAGGAGUCGGUCAACAGCUCGCACGGCGAGCACCUGGAAGCGAUUGUCAUCCUCCUCAUUGCCCUGGAGAUUGUACUGGGAGUUAUUACCAUCCUUGUGGACCUGAGUGUGUCGUAGGCAGCCCACGGGGCCGGAGAUCAUAUCAAUAUGUCUGUAUACCAUAUUUCCGCAUGACGAAAAUUGCGCCGAGGGCCAUUCCGCAUAGCCUCACAUCGCACGGGCUCUCGCACGGGCUCCGGUACGGCGUCCGGCGCGGCGCUCUGGGGCGUUCCGGGAGGUACCGGAACACGGGUGGAGAUUAAGAGUAGUGGCGAGGAUGCACCGCUCCGAC